AUGUCAGCCUCCAAUAUGACUUCAACUCUUCCAACUACCUUUUUGUUAAUGGGAAUCCCAGGUUUAGAGCAUCUGCACAUCUAUAUAUCCAUCCCAUUCUGUUCUGCCUAUUUAUUGGCUCUGCUGGGCAAUGGUACCCUGCUUUUCAUCAUCCACUCUGAUACAUCCCUCCACAAACCCAUGUACCUCUUCCUGGCCAUGCUAGCAACCAUUGACUUGGUCCUCUCCUCUACCACACUGCCCAAAAUGCUUGCCAUAUUCUGGUUCAGGGAUAGGGAGAUCAACUUUUACGGCUGCCUGGUUCAGAUGUUCUUUCUCCACUCCUUCUCCAUCAUGGAGUCAGCCAUACUGUUGGCCAUGGCCUUUGAUCGCUUUGUGGCCAUUUGCAAGCCUCUGCACUAUACUACGUUGCUGACUGGAGCCCUAAUCAUCAAGAUUGGCAUUGCUGCUGUCGUCCGAGCUGUGGCACUAGUGAGCCCUCUCCCCUUUUUGCUCAGACAUUUCAGCUACUGCCGAGGCCCAAUGAUUGCCCACUGCUACUGUGAGCACAUGGCUGUGGUAAGGCUGGCCUGUGGAGACACACACUUCGACAACAUCUAUGGCAUCACUGUGGCUUUGGUUAUUGUGGUGUUGGAUCUGAUGUUUGUUAUUCUAUCAUAUAUCUUGAUUUUUCGAGCAGUUCUACAGCUUGCCUCUCAGGAGGCCCGCUAUAAGGCAUUUGGGACAUGCGUCUCUCACAUCGGUGCCAUUCUAGCCUUCUACACACCCGUGGUCAUCUCUUCAGUCAUGCACCGUGUGGCCCACCAGGCUGCCCCACAUGUCCACAUCCUUCUUGGCAAUUUCUACUUGCUUUUCCCACCCAUGAUCAAUCCCAUCAUUUAUGGUGUCAAGACGAAGCAGAUUCGUGAGCGAGUCAUAGGACUAUUCCUGAGAAAGGAUCACUAA